CGGAGUUAUUGGCCUUAGAAUAUGGCCGAAGUUUAGUAACAACAAUGUUAAUAUCAACCCAACACGUACCAUGUUCAGUGGUUGUCAUUCUUGAUAAUGAGGAGCGUUGAGAAAUCUCUGACAUACCUUCUGUCUUGACAAUACCUGUACAGUCGGAAAUGAUGAGGUGACAGUGUACAGAGCAAAACGAAAUAUGGCGGACAACAAUCCUUUUAAAGGCCUAUUCAAACUCAUAAAGGAGAGGACACCUGAAGCCGUAGCCUGUCGUACUAGUGAUCUCCACAAAGCUGCCACCCUCGGUGAUAUCGGUCUGCUACAGAAGUGUCUAGAAGGGGUCGACGUGGACAUUAACCUUCGAGAUGAACUUGGGAACACUCCAUUGUAUAUGGCAACUAUGAAAAGUCACAGAGCAGCAGUGGACAUACUGCUACAGAACGGUGCUGCCGUAAAUGAUACCUGUUGCAGUCCUAUGCACAACGUGAGAGAUGUCCACAUUGCAAAGGCAUUAGUUGAAGCAGGUGGUAGACUCGGAGACAGAGACGACUUUGGCAACACUCCCCUGCACAGAGCAGUAACCAGGGAGGACAUCGGGCUUGUAUUCUAUCUUCUUCAGCUAGGGGCAGAUACGAAUGCACAAAAUGCAUUAGGAAAUACUCCUCUCCACAGUGCAUGUCGUUUCAGUAAAGACGGUCCUAUUUGUGAGGUGAUAACGAGGCUGAUUUCGGCAGGAGCAACAGUAAAUAUGCGAGAUAAAGUUGGUAAAACACCUCUUCAUCAUGCAUGUGAAAUACUUCCAAUGUUUGAUUCCAUAGCUAUCCUUAUAAAGCAUGGAGCUGCGUUGGAUAUACAUGAUAGGAAAGGAUAUUGCCCUAUCCAUUACUUGAUUGAUGGAUAUCUACCUACAAAUACAGAAGAAGAAGCAGAGUUUGCUAGCAAACUUGAUUUAUUAUUGACCAGCCCAGAAACUAUUGAUGUCGCAACUGUCACGGGACUAUCUGCAAUUCACAUUGCAGCAUCGCGUGGACUUUGUAUUAUUAUCAAACAUUUGGUACAGAAGGGAUGUGAUGUUCGAUGCCAAGAUGGUCGAGGGAAAGGUCUACUCCACACUGUCGCUUCAGCCAAAGAAGCAAAAAACAGUGUUGACACGACACAGACGCUGAUAUCAUGUGGCUGUGAUGUCGACUGCAGUGAUUUCUGGGGCUCCACUCCACUCCACGAAGCAGUCGCAAAUGAUAAGUUUGAUGUUGCAGAGGUUCUAGUUAAUAAUAAAGCUGACAUAGAAAUCCGAGAUAACAAUGGAACAUCCGCCCUACAUCUAGCUGCAGCUAACUGUUCCGAUGCGGUUACUCUUCUUCUCGACAAAGGCGCAACCGUAAAUGCUACAGACAAAUACUUGUCAACGCCACUGCACUUUGCAGCAUGGGCGAAUUCAUGGCUUGCCACAGAAACCCUGGUUAGUCACGGUGCCGAUCGGGAAAUGAAGGAUUUGUCAGGAUCUGUUCCCCGAGACACAGCAAUCUUCAAAUAUUCAGAUGUGGUCGAGAUCCUUGGAAGUGAAGAAAGCUCACAUUCAAUAAAGACAUUUUCAGAUGUUGCAAAUAAAUUGAUGAGUAAGAACGAUUUUGAUGAUCUGCUUGGGAAAGAUGGCAAGCUCACAAGAUCUGACCGGGAUAUCACUCAGUUCUGUGAUAGCGCUUUUAAUACAUCUGGUGUAGGACUUGUUUUGUUUGAAGAUGAAGCUCGAGAUAUACAUACUGCUGUAGAAGGUGUUGCAGAGACAAUUGUACAGCACCUAGGUAAGCUCGAUUCAAACUUCAAAGCAACAUUGUUACGUGCAGGAAGCUCCUCAGAGGGUACAAAAACAAGAUACCCUGACGAAUUCGAUUUCAUGUUUUGUCUAGAGGAAUUCAGCGAAAACACGUAUCCAGAAUUUCAGGAAGAGGAUGAAUAUAGAACGUUAGGAGCUGGAUUCUGUCCGAACAAGGUGCGUAAAGGUGGUAUUUUAGGGGACUUAAUUGGAGAUACUGAGCCAUCGGAAGAACUUGUUACAAUUUCGGAUUACACCAGGAUUUACGUGAAAGAUACGAUCGACGCAGAACCCUUAUUGGACCUCAGUGAACGCGAUUCGAGAGUGAUUCCAUGCUACAUGAUGUAUCAUCAAUUUAGCCAUUUACUGACAAAGGUUCUUCUAAGCGAAAGUUUCCCCAAAAACCCAAAUCUUCUUAUCCAAGAGGUGACUAUUGAACCUGCGUUAUCUCUGCAGUGGAGGGGUAGCCGUUAUAAGAUGAUGGACAUAAACGUUGAUCUUGUUCCCGCUAUCCGACUUCCUUGUUGGCCAGAGAAAAUAAGACGGGAUUGUAAACUCUUUACCCCGGAUAUUCUUAGUAUCCCUGGCAUGGCUGUGCCCAAGAUGGCAGGUGGGGAGUGUGAAGAUCUCUGGCGCUACUCCAUGUCAUUACAUGAAACAGCAAUAUUCCGAAAAUUAAAACCGCGCAUCAGAAACAGCUACACGACCGCAAAGGCAUUGCUCAAUUCCACUCUGGUUUGUCCCUUAGCGCGCGAAGAAGAAACGGAAGAAAGUGCGUUCUAUAGACAAUCCUCAAGCAUGGCAUCAAUGUGUGGAUCUGAGGAGUUUGUGUUUAUUACUACCGCAGGCGAAGCAAUUCCAUCCUACUUUCUGAAAAUGAUGUUCUUGUUUUCUCUAGAAUACAAGGUAGGAAGGGAAGGACUAGGGAGUGUUUAUGAUGUUGAUUCGCAAAACAGAAAGUCGGAAUAUUCUCAAUCAGAAGUCAGUGGUACCAUAACAAAUACAGAACAUGAUAUCGAUCCUGAUUCAUCCAGCCCGCCUUCCAAACGCAAGAGACUGGCAUGUUCAUAUGGACCAGCCGAGGUGCGAAAUGUACAGUCAACGGAAAGAGAUAUUGAUAUUGCCCUGGUCCGAGACAUUUAUCGUAGGUGUGAGGCAUGUCUCUCAGAAGGAAAAGUCCCAUCGUUCUUUAAUCCGAGACAAGAUGUUCUUGGGUCGAGAGGAGAAGAACAGAGCCUUGAAAUGGCUUUGAACUAUACCAGGUUCAUCAAUAAACUGUUGGAGGAUUAAGGACUGCAACGGUAAUUCUAACAAGCUCUGCCAUGUCAGUUGUUUAUUCCUAUUGUCUAUAUAAUGUAUGAGGGAGUGCAUGAACCUUCAAUAAUCUAGGAUUUCGAACAACGGAAAGCCAAAGAUAUUGCGUAAAAUGGAACAGGCAAUGUAGUAUCCGAAGUGUUGCAUUAGUCUUGUCCUCAUAAACAAUGCAAAAGGAAUAGUAAGGAUGAUUCGUUUCCAAUAUUAUAAAACAUAGAAUGGCUUUUAAUUUUUUUGUUAGAUAUCUUUGUACAACAGUUGAUGCACAACUGUGCGUGUUAGUUUUUAUUUCAUUUUUGAAAGAAGCUUGUUAUUUUAUUGGGCUUAUUUCCGCGUCAAGGGAAACGAAUUUCACAUGCAGAUGUAUUUCAUUCGCGAUAUCAUGACAACUAUGACUAGUAUUUGAAACUGCCGAUGUUGUUCGUACAUUUUUUUCUCAUUAUCCUACUGUUCCUUCGCUUAUCUGUUAUUGAUAUUAAAUAAGUAAGAAUGGUAACUGCGUGACACUCUGUAUUAUUUCUGUCUGAGAAUACUAUCCCAAAUAAACUUCAUGUAAAGAUGUUAACAUUAAAUAACGUCCGUGAAUA